ACUCCCCUAGGUACCUAUGUGAACCACGAUAGAUAUUUUGAGCUACUUCCCCGUUCUCGCUCUACGGAAAUAUAGGGAUAACCCUACCUAAUAACUAAACCAUCAUGGCGCCAGCAUGGUUAAUUCAACCUACGAUAGACGACGUGUCCGAGUCCCAGGCACAGUCUCGACGACAGGUUGAAGGAAUGGACGAUGCCUCGGCGGACGCCUCGGUGGACGCCUCGGUGAGACCAUUGACCAUAGUUGUCAUUGUUCUCCUAGUCCUCCUCACAGUAGUACUCUCCGUACUCGUAAUAUUACACUUCGUAAGAAAACGACAGCGCGCAGCUCAGGGCGAGUACCAGCAGCCAGGUCCGUUCAUAAGUCAGCCCAGAUUCAAGACCAAGAGCCGGAAGAUGAGCGCCUCCGACCGAGUCGCGGCAGAAGAGAUGGAACGAGCGAUCAUGAUCCGAAAGUCACUUGCUAGCCGGGCGUCCUCGGGCAGUUCUUCAGUAUCAAGGACAUCGAGGACAUCGAUAUACCGGUUGGAGGAGCUUGACCGACAGGAGCGCGAGGGCCUGGCGGCGAAGAGAGAGAGUUGGAAGGAAGAGGAGGCGGGAAUCCUACCCAUGAGACCGACGCCGGGUAUCCACGACACACAGCUAGGCGUACACCCGGCGCUUCUGCCGCAACCCCAACUCGCUUUCCCACCGCCGUCUCGAAGUCCGUCGCCCCUAAGGGGCAUUAAGCCGCCGCAGCUGUAUAUCCCCUCGCGAUAGGGAUGAUCUUUCUCUCGAUUUAUACAUGUACAACAUAUAUUUCACGAGUGGAGGCACCACACUGUUCCGCAAGAAGAGAUAAUUCACCUCUCCUGUGUAUUUUUAUCCUUACGAGAUGAUAUUAUGAACACUUUUUCACACCAGGCGAUUAGUUUUAUUACCUAGGUAGUAGUCAAAGCGCACUCGAAGCAAAACUUGGGGUAGGCGCUUCAAUUGGAUGGAUUGGUUACGGAAAACCACGGUAUUUUCUUGGGAUAAUGUAUACUAGAUCGUGUUACGGGCUUGGGAGUUGGAGCUGUGUAUUAGGAUUGAUACCACGGGGAUGGUGGAUUAAGCAUUGUGGGCGUGUAAGGAGUACAGAGGAUGUUACGGAUCACCUCGGACUGUAUCAAAUAUAUUACCUACCUAGACACAUAGAUGAUUGAUUUGUUUGGAAGGAAAUGAAAAAAGUAAUGCUAUGACUACGAUGAUGUAUGGUUGGAUGAUCAUUUGUAUGACUAGUAGAAAUGACGAUGCUUCAACGCCAAUGGAUUCAAUGUUGAAUUGAUACGUGCCUUAGG